CACGCACCGGAAACCCGGAAGUGGAUGUUUAGGAAUGUUCAUGUUAUAAAGUGGAAGAGCAGAACUGAUCAAGACUCAAAUCUCUCUCAUUUUAAUCUCAACAGGAUGAUUCAGAUAUCGAGCAGAAUGUGAAUCUCGUCAUGUUGCUCAAACACAUCCGCGAGCGCAGUGCUGGUCGGGCGAAGGUGGGCCACGCUGUGGUGGUGAUUUUUCUGGAGUUUUUUGCCUGGGGUCUCUUGACCACACCGAUGCUCACAGUCCUGCAGAAAACCUUUCCACAGCACACAUUUCUCAUUAACGGUCUGAUUCAAGGUGUCAAGGGCUUUUUGUCGUUCAUGAGCGCUCCUCUGAUUGGUGCUUUGUCUGAUGUUUGGGGCAGAAAAAGUUUCUUGUUACUGACAGUGUUUUUCACCUGCGCUCCCAUACCGCUCAUGAUAAUAAGCCCAUGGUCUUUUUUUGCUCUGAUGUCAGUGUCUGGACUUCUCUCUGUUACAUUUUCUGUUAUAUUUGCAUAUGUAGCUGAUAUUACAGAAGAGGAGGAAAGAAGCACAGCAUAUGGACUGGUUUCUGCGACGUUUGCUGCGAGUUUAGUGACGAGUCCUGCUAUAGGAGCGUUUGUAUCUGUCAGGUAUGGAGACAGUCUCGUGGUCCUGCUCGCCACCAUCAUCGCGGUGUUGGAUAUUCUCUUUGUUCUGCUGAUCGUUCCUGAAUCUCUGCCAGAAAAAAUGAGAUUAUCAUCCUUUGGUUUGCCUAUUUCAUGGGAACAGGCAGAUCCAUUUGCUUCUUUAAGGAAGGUUGGAAAAGACUCCACGGUUCUGCUCAUCUGUGUCACAGUUUUCCUCUCUUAUCUGCCUGAGGCCGGACAGUAUUCCAGCUUUUUCCUUUAUCUGGGACAGGUCAUAAACUUCUCUUCUGAGGCGAUCGCUGGCUAUAUUGCGAUGGUUGGAAUUCUGUCCAUCGGUGCACAGACAUUACUUUUACGUGUUUUGAUGAAGAAGAUUGGAAAUAAGAGCACAGUGUUAUUGGGUCUUGGAUUUCAGCUGUUCCAGCUGGCCUGGUACGGCUUCGGCUCAGAACCAUGGAUGAUGUGGGCCGCCGGGGCGAUCGCUGCGUUGUCCAGCAUCAGUUUUCCUGCGGUAAGCACGCUGGUGUCACACUGCACGGAUCGCGACCAGCAGGGAGCCGUUCAGGGAAUGAUCACUGGAAUUCGAGGUCUGUGUAAUGGACUCGGUCCGGCUCUGUUCGGAUUCAUAUUCUUCCUCUUCAACGUUGAACUGAGUCCGGUCGAACAGUCUCACGUCUCACCCGACAAAGAUGAGAAGUCGGCUAUUCCCGGUCCUCCCUUUCUCUUCGGAGCGUUUACGGUUCUGUUGGCUCUACUGGUGGCCGUCUUUAUUCCCACAAAACAGACUUCAGAGGUAAAGACCUGCAGUACUUGGGUCUUGACAGAACCUGUGAGCGGCGGUGUCCCAGGGUCCAGCUCAGUUCCUUUGAGCGAUGAAGACAACGAGCCUCUUUUACAGGACAGUAGCGUAUCACCGCCUGAACCCACUGUAUAAAGACCAGCAGCUUUUUAUCAAACGUCUAAAUGUUUCUUCUUGCUUUUUUAAUUCUUUGAAAGAGAACGUGCCUUUAUAUUUUGGCAUAUUUACGCACUGCUCUGUAUCUGAAUGUAAAGUGUAGUCGGCCUUUAAUAUAUUCAUGAUGACCUUUAACCUCUGAACUUAUUAUACAGAAUGCAAUAAUGAUGAAGUCAUGUUUUCAUUAAACUCGAGUGACAGAUCUGUUUAUUUAAACAA